GGAAAUCUUUGGAAACUUUAUAUCUUCAGAGGUCAUGAUGGACACUAAAAGGAUAACCUUUUGCAGAAUCAUGGUGCCUGCUCAGUGAAUUUAAGGAGUUUUGGACCAUAACCUUGGAUAUUUAUCAGAGUAGCCACACAUCUGUUAACCUGUGAGAUUUCACAAAAAGUAAUGGAGACAGAGGAGAAAGAGGAGGCAUCACAAAAGCAAACUGCUGUUUUAAAAGAGCUAGAGGAAGAUGCAGCAUUGUGCCAUACAUGCGGGGUUUGUGGUCGUAGCUUCCCCCUGCUCAGCUCUCUGUCUCAGCACAUGAGAAGGCACACACGGGAAAAGCCAUACAAAUGUCCCUACUGUGAGCACCGGACAGCUCAGAAAGGCAGUCUAAAGGCUCAUAUCCGAAGCCAUAAACUGGGCCUACUCAGCAAGGACCCAGGAGAAAAGGAGGUAGAGGAAGAGCAAGGACAGAAAGAUGAGCCUGACAUGCUUCACCUCCCCAAAGUCAUCAGCACAUCUGACAAAGCUUAUCAUGUCAAUGGAAAGGUGAAGAAAACAGUAACUAAGAAAAAGGUUAAAAGUAAAAGUGGUUUAGAGAUUGGGGAUGGGCCUUUCUCCUGCAUCAUUUGCGGCGAGGUUUUCCAGCAGGUGUUGCUGCUUAAAUCCCACAUGAAACAACAACAUGGUGCUCAGGAUCACGGGUGCCGCAUUUGUGGACGACGCUUCCGCCAAGCAUGGUUCCUCCAAAGCCACAUGCGCAUCCACCGGGUCAAAGCACAGCUCCAAGGUGGUAAGAGCAUCGAGCAGCCUGCCACAAUCAACGGAAUUCCUCAAGACCCUGCAACACUGGUGAAUGAAGAGUGCCUUUAUGAGCUCUGUGCCGGCUGCGGGAACUUCUUCUAUGACCGCAACACUUUGCGUAUUCAUGAAAAGCUGCACAAACUGAACCAAAAUCCCAAAAAUGAAGAAACGAGGCCUUCUGAAUUGCAAGUUGAUCAGAAGCAAUUUUUUAAAGUUCUGAAUCUCAAAAGUAAAGACCCUGAGGAAACACCCGAGGAAAAUAUUCAGGGUAGGAGAAUUCCAGAGCUAGAUCCAGUUUGUAGUUAUCAAGCAUGGCAGUUAGCCACAAGAGGACGAAUAGUGGAGACUACAGAGAAAUGUCUAGGCUGGGAGGAGAGGCUGGCUGAUGCAGAGGUGGCAUAUGACACAGAGAAAGGAGAAUAUGUGCCCCUCAAGCAUGAAAAGAAGAGGAAACAAACAGACAACUCCAGUUCUAGUGUCAAAAAGAAGAAGGGUGACACAGGCCAGGAUCACACACCCAACUCCCUGAGUCAUGCUAAAGGUAGAGACAAAAAGAUUUUCCAAAAGGACCGUAUCAUUUUGAAUGGACUAGGUCACGCAUUUUACGAGGCUCUGCAGACAAGGAAGGUCAGAGAAAACACCAAGCCAAGUAACAACAUCAGAAGCCAAGAGCAGGAAGAUAAACAAUCCUCCACUUGUGAGUACUGUAAUUUCCACACUGCUGACUCCUCUCAACUCAGGUCCCACAUGUACAGCCAUCAUCUGGGUCCCUACGGCAAACAAAACGUCAAAAUGGGCAACAUCAACAAAGGUGGUUCUUCGAGAUAUAUGGACUACCUCCGGAGCAGGAGCUUGUUGCUCAGUCAGCCAUACUGGAAUAACUACACGUAUCCAACAGAUCAGGAGUAUGCAGAUGGAAAUAUAAAGGUGGAAAAGGUCAAUGAGAUUGAGGUGAAGGAGGAGGUAUAUGCUGCUGGUGAAAAUGGGAGUCUUCUCAAUCUUUCUUCACCCUCUGUUACCGGCGAAAAUGCUGAUCCUCCAGUGAAGACAGAAGGUCUAGUGCAACAUCAGUGUCUCUACUGCUCCCACACUAGCAAUUAUCCAGAAGUCCUGUGGAUUCAUCAGCGGGUCACCCACAGGGUGGAUGGCAGCAGCUCUGUAGCACCCAAGUGGGCACCCUGUAUAAGCAUUUUGAAGAGUUUGAAAGCAGGGGCUUCUCAGUGGAGACGCACAGGACCACCACCGUUCCUGGAAGGCAAGGAUUGCCCAGCUCUACCCGCCCCGCGGACUCCGCGCACACAGCCUCCAGGUUUUGUCACUCAAAGCGGCACCAGCAAGCUCUCUGCUCCAAAGACCCAAUCAAGCAUCCCAAGGCCAAAGCAUCGACCCAAAGACUCACAUUCCUCAGAUGCGACACAUUCUCGUGGGAAGGUAGUUUCCCAACCUCAAAGGAAGUCUGCCGAACUAAAACGAGUAGUAGAUGGUGCAAGUAAAGCCUCAAGUGCCCAGUCUACACCCAUUAACACUUCUGUUAGUUCAAAGAGUCUAUCAGGCUUCCAGCCUUCAAGCAGUCCCAAACACAGAGGCAACCGAGCAUCUGUGGAGGGCGUGUUCCCACAGGAGGGUUUGGGUUUCAUGUUAGCUAGAAAUCAUGGUGGGACUUCUUCUAAUGAAGCAGCAGCAGACAGACCCCACCCCCGAAGGCAGUCACAGGACUUUUCUUCUGGUGUUAAGGGUCCCGAUCUUUGGGCAGCCAUAAGCAUGUGGGGGCUACAUGGUGGGAAAGCAUAUUUUGAUUCACACCUAUUUGCUCAGGGAAAAAGUGACUCUACAGAAGAUACCCCAAAAGAGAUGGACCUUUUAGGUCUCUUGAAGAGCUACGGUCCCCAUGAGCUAGCAGCUUUUUACCAGCACUGGGGAUAUGUCGAUCCAAGACUGGAUCCACAAGCAACUCUGCAGUUGAAUGGAAGCUUUGGAAAUGAAGUUCAUUCUUCCUCUGAGACCUCCAAACAGAAGAGCAACCGCUCCACUCCAUCUUCAGGAUCUCUGCAUAAAGGAACAUGAGAUGUUGGACCCGGCUGC